UCUGUUGUGUUAUUGAUGGAAUUCAGGGUCCGGUUUCGUUUCAUCAAAUAUGUAUGCGCAUGGAUUUUUCAGUGCCAAAAUCAAGUUGCCAUCGGAUAAUACUGCCGGAGUUGUGGUUGCCUUCUACACAUCAAACGGUGACGUAUUCGAGAAAGCACAUGACGAAUUAGACAUCGAGUUUUUAGGAAAUGUACAAGGACAGCCAUGGAGAUUCCAGACUAAUUUGUAUGGCAAUGGCAGCAUAACCCGAGGCCGAGAAGAACGUUACAGCCUAUGGUUCGAUCCAUCAAAGGAGUUCCAUAGGUACAGCAUUUUGUGGACGGCCAAGAACAUUAUCUUUUUCGUCGAUGAGGUUCCGAUUAGGGAAGUGAUUCACAGCGACGAAAUGGGCGAUGAUUACCCAUCAAAGCCAAUGGCUUUAUACGCCACCAUUUGGGACGCCUCGAGCUGGGCCACAGGCGGUGGCAAAAUCAAAGUUAACUACGACUAUGCACCGUUCACGGCGGAGUUUAGAGAGUUGGUCCUCGAGGGUUGCCCUAUGGAUCCCAUCCAAGAAUACCCCGACUUCACCAUCUGCAAGGACAAAGAUGCCUGGCUCGAGAGCCGAAGCUACACCUUCUUAACACCGAAACGGCGAGCCGCCAUGCAGAAUUUCAGGCAGCAUUAUAUGUACUACUCGUCCUGUUACGAUGUAUGGCGUUACCCCGCAACACUUCCCGGUUGUGUAAUUGAUCAGAUCGAAAAGGAAAGGUUCAACGAAUCCGGAAGGUUGAAAAUCGACGUAAGCCAUAAGAAGCAAACCAUGACCGCAAAAGCACACCGGAAGAGAAAACCACGGUCCGAUGCGUGA